CCGACCCGCCUCCUCCUCGCCAACCCCUUUAUGUAUCCUCUCUCCACGAUCUCUCAUCGUCGUCGUCGAGUCCACACUGAAAAACUGGUUCAGCACAGAGAGAGAAAGAGAUAGAUAGAGAGAGAGAGAGAAUUCACAGAGAGAAAUUGUUGAGAGAAUUGAAAUUAUGGAUGGGAAUGCUAAAACAAUUGAAGCGAUUCUGAGCGGAGACGAAAACGGUUUCGUAUCGGAUCAAAACGGUGAUCACGGAUGGAAAACGGUUUCAUACCAGAAGAAAAACCGAAAACAGCCGGUUAAGCCGACGCCGGAGAAUUUUUCGAAUAGUACGGGAUUUGGUUCUUCCGGUGACGUUUUCCGGUCUAUCGAGCAGCAUUUGGAGGAGCGUCGCCGGCGUUUGGAAGCUCAGAGAGCUGCCAUGGCUGCUGCAGGAGACAAUUAUGCUGUGGUGAAUGACGGUGAGGACUGUAGCGAUCUGGACGGUGAGGUUUCCGGUGGUGUUGUGGCGAAUGGAGGCGUAGAGGAGAAGAAGAGUAAGCCGAAGAAGCCGAAGAAACCGAAGGUUUCGGUCGCCGAGGCUGCGGCGAAUAUGGAUUCCUCUGAUCUCAGUGCUUUCCUGGUUGAUAUAACUGCUUCGUAUGAAACACAGCAGGAUAUACAGCUAAUGCGAUUUGCGGAUUAUUUCGGGCGCGCAUUUGCUAAGGUGAAUGCGUCUCAGUUCCCUUGGAUGAAGAUACUCAAGGAGUCUUCUGUUGCGAAGAUGGUUGAUAUUCCACUUUCGCAUAUAUCUGAAGCUGUAUAUAAGACAACAGUUGACUGGCUAAACCAGCGAUCUUUUGAAGCACUUGGUUCCUUUGUUUUGUGGUCUUUGGAUAGCAUUCUUGCUGACCUGGCUCUUCAUCAAGGAGCUAUCAAGGGAUCAAAAAAAGUGGUUCAGCAAGUAUCUUCAAAAUCUCAGGUUGCCAUAUUUGUGGCUUUGGCUAUGGUAUUGCGACGCAAGCCUGAUAUAUUGAUCAGUCUAUUGCCUAUAAUAAAGGAUAAUUCAAAAUAUCAGGGACAAGACAAGCUUCCAGUCAUAGUAUGGGUGAUCAUUCAGGCCUGCGAAGGGGACUUGGUAGUUGGUUUGUUCAUGUGGGUACACUACCUCUUCCCGAUGCUGACCAGUAAAUCUAGUUGUAAUCCACAGUCCAGAGACUUGAUUUUGCAGUUGAUCGAGAGGAUUAUGUCUUCACCAAAAGCUCAGACUAUACUAGUAAAUGGUGCUGUGAGAAAGGGGGAGCGGCUGGUGCCUCCGUCUGCUCUUGAGCUCCUAAUGAGAGCCACAUUCCCAGCACCUUCAGCCCGACUCAAGGCGACUGAGAGGCUUGAAGCUGUAUAUCCUACCUUGAAAGCAGUAGCUCUUGCUGUAGCCUCUGGCAGCAAAGCCAUGAAACAAAUUACGCAGCAGAUAAUGCCCUUUUCUGUCAGAGAUGCUGGAGAAGGUAUAGCUGAUUUAUCCAGGGAAGCAAGUGAUUUAUGUAUUUGGUGUUUGACUCAGAACCCGGACUGUUACAACCAAUGGGAUAGCAUUUAUUUGGACAAUCUUGAAGCAAGUGUUGUUAUUCUGAGAAAGCUCUCUGACGAAUGGAAGGUGCACUCUGCUAAGCAUCUUAGUAUUGACUCUUUGAAGAUGACAUUAAAGAGUUUCAAGGAGAAGAAUGAGAAGAAAAUGGCUAGUGAAAAUGAUGCUGCCCGAUUAGCAACCUUGAAGGAUGGACAAAAGUACUGCAAGGUGAUACUGGGACAAGUAUCACACGGCCAUGGAUGCAUGAAAAACAUCAUGUUUGUGACCAUUGCUGUGGCCAUUGGCAUAUCUAUCUUGGGACAUGGGGAAAAUUUUGGUCUAUUUUAACUUACCCUAAAACUUUCGUAGCGCCCUCUCCUGGUGAGGUUCUCCAACAGAUCAUACAUGCUUAAAUUAUGUCCGGUGUAGACAAGAUAGAUGGCCCUUAACAAAAAUGGGUCGAGGAUGAGUCCCUUUUGGAAUGGAACGUUGAUUGAAUCUCCUUGUUUAGUAGGAGCCGCAGCAGCCAAACUUUGCGGUAUGUUAUUUUACAGUGUCGAUGUGCCCGGUUUUCAUGGAAUGUUUCUGUACUUUUUGGUCAUGAUGACUGAGUUUUUAAUGAUUUUUUUCUAUAAUCUUUCAAGAAUGCAAUAAAAAUUUUAGUUAUCUUUUUUU